UCUUGUCUUUAACAAUCCUCCCAGUUCUUUGUUCCUGUUAGAGUUAGGUGGGGCUGCUCACCUUCUUUUUUUUGGCAGGAUCCUUCACUACUCUAAGCCCUGCCAACUGCAUGCCUAGAGGGGGUAGAAAGAAACAAUAAAAUCACCCCCCAACAUAAGCACUUGACAUUAUAAACACAAUCAAAUCUCUUUCUUACUCAUCAUCCUUUUACUUAUCUAUUAAGUCUCCACAUAUAUUCCUCACUCCCUCAGUCAUUACCCACCUCCUCUUGAGGAGUUUGCCUCAUCAUUCUGUGUUCUCUUUUACUUCCACAGAUGAAGGCCAUCACUGCCAAGACCCCCCACGACUCUUCUUUCUCUUUCUCCAGGAGAUACUUCCACUGGAAAAAGAAGGCCGAGGAUGAGGAUGACGAGGAGGAAAUCUUGACCUUCAGCUCCUCCUCACAUUUCUGUAACGAGGAGUUCAAAGAUGCAAAGUUUCGAAUCCCCGCACCUACAGAAAUCGCUUGUGUUCCACCGCCAGGGAAGAAACCGUCAGUUUCUAAGCUCCGGUCGGCUCUUGCAGUUUUCACCAAGAGCCGAGCACACCAUCAUCACUCGGGCCUUGGGACCCGAGUCAUAGGCACCCUUUUCGGGUAUCGCCGAGGGCAUGUUCACAUCGCAUUUCAAGAGGACGCGAAGCUGAAUCCCGCCUUUCUCAUUGAACUCGCGACGCCGACAAGCGUCUUAGUCAGAGAAAUGGCUUCCGGGCUGGUCCGCAUAGCCUUGGAGUGCGAAAAGAAAACGGACAAAAAGGGUAAGAGGCUGCUGGAGGAGCCCCUGUGGAGGACCUACUGCAACGGCAAGAAAUGCGGGUUUGCCAUGCGGCGUGAGUGCGGGCCAGAGGAUUGGAAGGUGUUGAAAGCUGUGCAGCCGAUUUCAAUGGGUGCCGGCGUGUUACCGGGGAGCGGGAAUGGAGCCGAGUCCGAAGGCGAGCUGAUGUAUAUGAGAGCAAGGUUCGAGCGAGUUGUGGGUUGUAAAGACUCGGAGGCGUUUUACAUGAAGAAUCCAGAGGGUGGCGGAGGUCCUGAACUCAGCGUGUAUUUGCUUAGAGUUUAGAUUUGCCAUUGAAAACGUAUCAUUUUCAUGUUAAUUAUGUCUCCCUUUUAUUUGUAAAAAGUAAUUAUCUUCCGAUCCCUUUUGAUGGCAUUAAUAUUUGCUGGUUAAUUAAGCAACAUUAAUUAUAUGUAAUAUGGAGCAUCCUGAGAAUUGCUUACUUUCCUAAAUAUUAAGAUUUAAGGGUUG